UGUAACAUUUUGGGUUAAAAUAGACGUCGAAAAAAGAAGAGAUCCACACACAUAAACAUAUCACCCCCGCACAUUUACACCUUUAUCUUUGUACACUCCUAAAUAAAUCUGCACACGCACAAAAAAAAAACAACAGACAAAUGUCACCAAUGGCCACCGAUCAAGAAUCAUAUCAUUUACGUUUAGUGACACUGGGUGCCACUAAUACCGGGAAAAGUUCAAUAUUGAAAAGAUUUUUAUUCAAUACAUUCAAUGAAAAACAUCGUCCAACAAUUGAAGAUUUAUUUACAAAAGAUUUUUCAUUCGGUACUGUUUAUCUUAAGGUGGAUUUUCUUGACACAGAAGGUUCAAUGCAAUUUCCAGCUAUGCGACGUUUAUCAAUUGCAAAUGCUAAUGCAUUUCUUCUUGUUUAUAGUAUCGAUAGUGAAAUAUCAUUCGAUAUAAUAAAACAAUGUUUCGAAGAAAUCAAAGAGAUUCGAUCUGAUUUUCAGGAAGUGCCUAUCGUAUUUGUAGGUAAUAAACAAGAUUUGGAUAGUGAACAUAAACGUUGUGUACAAAAAGAAGAUGUUGCUGAAUGGAUAUUUUGUGAGCUACCAAAAUUACGUGCCAAGUUAAUGGAAUGCUCAGCAAAAAAUAGCCAAAAUAUUAAAGAAAUAUUUAUUACAUUACAACAAUUAGCAAGAAUACCAAUGCCAGAUGCUGAAGGAUUAAAACGACGUUCAUCAGCACAAGCUAGAGUUGAUUCAAAACGAAAAUUUGCUGGUACAAAUUUAUUAAGUCCAAGUCAUGCUAAUAAUGAUAAUAAUAAUAUUAUGAAUACAAAAUGUAAUAGUAUGAAUACAACACCAAAUCCAACAGCACCAAAUACACCAUGUCGAACAAUAAAUUCAACAAUAGCAUCAUCAUCAUCAUCAUCAUCAAUACGUCCACCAAGUAGUAAACCACGUAGCCGUUCAUUAAUACGACGUACAUCGAAAAAAGUUAAAAAUAAAGAAGAUGCUGAUGAUUGUACUGUUCAAUAGGCUAAUCUAA